AUGGUCCGUGGCAAAGAGCUAUCACCACAGCAGCGCUCACAAAUCUGCGAGUUGCACAGUCACGGUUAUGGCUACAGGCGGAUAUUCAAGCUGCUGGCAGAAGUGCCGCUUUCAACCAUCAAGUACACUUGUCAGCAAGAGGCUAAGCGCAAGGAAAACCAGAGCAGGCCUCGGUCUGGGGCACCGCGGAAGUUGUCAGUGCCCAGCAGAGGGCCGCGCCGGCGAAAGGAUUCUUCGCCAGUUCCUGUUGACGAGUUGAUACCGCAGCGUUACACGGAGUUGGAUACUACUCUUCAGAACGUCACUUACCACGACCUGCUGGCCAUGGUUGACUGGUCGAUAUUUCCUACAGAGCAGCUCCAUCCGAUUGAUGGUAUAAGUCUGAUGGACGAUGCAGCAAUAGCUCAGAUUGAUGCCGCAGUAACACAGAUGGAUAACUCCAUAGCUCAUAUCGGCAGUACAGCACCCCGAAUGAACGACAUGGCAGCCCAGAUGCAGCAUCACAUGCCUCCAAUGGGUGAUCCAACGACGUUUAUUGAUACUACAAUGCCCCAGAUCCAUGACAUGACACCUCAUAUCCAUAACAUAACGCCUCAUGCCAACAACAUGACGCCUCACAUCGACAUACCUCACAUCAACGACAUAAUACCCCAGAUCGAAAACACACACAUCGACGAUACAAUAGCUCAAAUAAACAACCUGGCAGAUACAGACUUGAGUCUGGUAUUCCAGGAUCCCAUCUACCAAGAGAUCUCUAAUCACGACCUCCUCGCCCUGGUCGACUGGUCAAUUGUAUGGUGA